CGUGGAAGAGGCAAAUACGUCUCCUAUGUGUCCCCCCAACGAGGACAUUCAGGGAAAGGACGUUAAGAGCGCAGAAACCAGAGCAAAACGAAAACGCCUGGCCAAAGUUCUCGGAUUAGUAGCAGUUGGCUUUGUAGCAGGUGCUCUAGUAGCUGGUCCACUAGCUGGUUAUAAUUGGUAUCGGAAGGAUAGAAGUGAGUGUAAGGACACCAGUGCUAAUUGCCCUUUCUCAAAAGCUGCUGUGGCCGCAGACUCCUGGAAUUGUUCAGAGAUUGGACGGAACAUUCUUCAGAAAGGCGGCUCUGCAGUAGAUGCUGCCAUUGCUGCGCUGUUGUGCACCUCCAUCAUCAACCCACAGUGCGCGGGCAUCGGAGGCGGGGUCAUAUUCACUGUGAUGGACAGCUCUGGUAAAGUGAAAAUCAUCAACUCCAGAGAGACUGUCCCCAGAAAUGUGAACUCUGACCUGCUUAAGUUGUGUCGUAAAACCACAGAGUGGACCAUGGAGUGGCUGGAAGAUAGCAGAUGGAUUGGGGUUCCUGGGGAAAUUCGAGGUUAUGAAGCGGCACACCGGCUUUAUGGGAAGUUGCCGUGGGCCGACCUCUUUCAGCCGACCAUCAAAUUAGCCAGAGGAGGAUUCCCUAUUCCUUACUACCAAGGUCAACACAUCCCACGCAUUGGCAACACGUCACUACGGGAGUUAUAUUUAGAUAAAAAUGGGAACCUGCUUAAGACCGGGGAUACUGUGAAAUUUGAGAAACUGGCUGACACUUUGGAGACGAUCGCAAACGAGGGACCAGAUGUGUUUUACAACGGAACAAUAGCAAAGAAUUUAAUCAGUGACAUACAGAAAGCAGGAGGAACACUCACACUGGAGGACUUGGCAUCGUAUCAAGCUAAUGUGACUGAUGCGUGGAAUAUUUCUCUGGGAGAUUACCGGAUGUACUUCCCUCCGCCUCCUUCAGGAGGAGCCAUCCUCAGCUUCAUCCUCAACACCAUGAAAGGAUACAAAAUGGAAUCAGAACCUAACAUGACUGAUGAAAAGAUUUUGUUUUAUCACCGUUAUAUUGAAGCUUUAAAAUUUGCCAAUGGAUUAAAGAAACAUAUCAGAGAUCCAAACUUCAGCUCAGAUAAAAUGGCAAAGAAUUUGACAGAGGAUAGCUUUGCCAACCACAUACGGAGCUUGAUCAGCAGCGACAAGACUCACGAUCCCCAGUAUUACGGCAAAAACUCAUAUCUGGACAGCAUCGGCACCACACAUGUAUCUGUGCUGGCUGAAGAUGGAUCUGCUGUGUCUGUCACCAGCAGCAUCAACGAUGAAUUUGGGUCCAAUGUCCUCUCUUCAAGCACUGGAAUCAUCCUCAACAACCAUCUAAAUGACUUUUGUGGUCGAGCUCAUAACAUCUUUCAUGGGGAGCGGCCUCCCUCCAAUAUGGCCCCUUCUGUGCUGAAGUCUCCGUUGAAGACGCUGGUGAUUGGAGGGUCUGGUUCUGAAAUGAUUCCACCGGCUGUGGCCUCGGCGCUCAUGAACCACCUUUGGUUUGGAAAGAGUCUUAAGGAGGCAAUUGAUACUCUGGUUGUUCUUGUAGACUCUCAAAGUGAAGUAACACUUGAAUCCAAGCUUGAAAAGGAUGUAGUUGAUGGUCUUGAAGCUCUGGGACAUAAAGUAGCAAAAUUCUACAACACAGUUAACGCUGUGGAAAAAGCGGGCAACUGUAUCUCUGCGUGGUCUGAUAAAAGGAAAAAUGGUGAAGCAGCUGGUUACUGAGACCAAGACUCUGUGAUGUCAGUUAUACAGCAUGGCUUUAAGGUUAUGAUAGCAGAGCUGGACAUGGCAUAUUAUGUUUAAGUGGAAGCUAGCGAGCUAACUUCCUGCUAA